GAUACUUCAAUAAUACACAUCUUUAAAGUGUUUUUUCGCUUAAUACCAAAGAUAAUCUUUGAUAACACUGCAAAAUCAUGUAUAUCCUCCGUACAGCGCGAGUUUUUGCUUCUACAUCAGCUCCAAGACAAUCUUGGGCGUUUUUACGAUCUAUGUCCUCAGUUGAUGCUCAGUACACCAAACUAGAAGUAAACGAGAAAACUGGCAUUGCUACAUUGACUUUGAACCGGCCGCCGGUGAACAGCCUAAAUUUGGAAUUGCUGACAGACAUACGCAACGCUUUACUAGAUGCCGAAAACAAUAAAUGCAAGGGCCUCAUACUGACAUCUUCAUCAAAUAGUGUAUUUUGUGCCGGACUGGAUAUCAUGGAAAUGUACCAGCCUAAAGAAGAGCGUCUGAAAAGUUUCUGGACAGCGCUGCAAAGCACAUGGAUGACGUUAUAUGGCUCAAAAAUACCAACUGCUGCUGCAAUCAAUGGUCAUUCACCGGCAGGAGGAUGUCUGCUGGCAACAUCUUGCGAAUAUCGUGUUAUGUUGCCCAAAUUCACGAUCGGUUUGAACGAAACUCGUUUGGGCAUAAUGGCACCUAAAUGGUUUAUGGCUUCGUUUCUUAAUGUACUUCCGCGCCGUGUCGCCGAAUUGGCGCUGACACAGGGUAGAAUGUUCACUACUGUUGAGGCUCAAGAGGCAGGCCUAAUUGAUGAUGUUGCCAAUACAAAGGAAGAAGCUCUGGCUAAAUGUGAAGAGUUUAUCGCUUCGUUCAAGCAAGUUAAUCCAUAUGCCCGUGCCUUGACCAAACAACAGUUUCGAGUCAAAGAAUUGCAGGAGCUCGAAGAACAACGAGAACAAGACUUGCAGGCAUUUAUCGCCACUAUCACUCAGCCGGCUACGCAAAAAGGGCUGGGAUUGUAUUUGGAAAGUUUGAAGAAGAAAUCGAAAUAGUGUUACCCAAAUAGUGUUACUCUACACUGCGCCUUUUUUUUAAUUUUAAGCUAAACGUGGCUUGAUUUGUAUGUAUCAUAAUAUAUGCACAUAUGUGUAAAAGGACCCAUUUAUUUUUGAACUAUAUUUGUAUGUUUUUAAAUUUUGAUAAUUUUUAUUAUUAUAGUUUUGUAUAAUGGAUUUUUAACUAAUAAAACUGAUAUACUCCCUUGUA